UACUCCGUACAUGCCAUGCGAAGAUCCACAGAACACAAUACAAUUGUCUGCGUAGAUUUCCGAGGUGUCUAUCGAAGUUGUUUGAGUUCAUGGAACAUUAAUCACGGCAUCACAUCUUCUGACUAUUGAAACGUAUGGUCGGUGGUUCGUUGAGGAACGCCGAUCGAGAUGAAAUUGUGGAAGCGGCGUGUUAGCUCGCCACGUCUAAUUUCUUAAUGGCGCACCGUCACGUCUAUCUCGAUCCGAACUACAAUCACUAAUUCAAUUCAAGGUCGCUGUCGCGAACUCAGGCGAAACCCCGGAAACCGAAGUUGCCCCUUUGCAACCUGCACGACCAGAAUUUGAGCAUGUCUGGGAUGCGCCUGCGAAAAUCAGAUAGUGGCCUGACCAAUAAGGGUUUCUGAUCAUGGAAAUUCGCACUUGACCACCUAGGAGCCGACUACUUUGGAAACCUCGGAGAUUCCGAUAUUAGAAGUAUUCCGACUGGACACUUCAAUAUUUGGACAUGUGCAGACGUCAGCUCUCGUGCCCGGUUCCUAUGCCGUAUCAAGGAUCCUAUAGAGGGCAUUGAAAAAUCGCCGCAACGUCAAAAAGCCUGCCCGCCGUAACUGUCUAAUAUAGUACCGAUCUUCUGAUCUUGAAGAUCUUGGUUCCCCAUCUCCACCCCUGGACUUCUUCUCACUUUCUGGGGUUAUACUUAAUUCGGCAUGAGUAGAUGGGCUAUGGUAUCUUCCGAAUCCCCAUUUCCCCUGUAUAAAGUUCCUCGGGUGGAGUCUAAUCCAAGGCCCACUAGUUCCCGCGUCUUUCUCCUGACGUUGCAACCAAUGUCUGCUACUUCAUUCUCGGUUCGCCCCCAACACGUACAAAGUGCCGCAACACACCCUGCCCUGCACCUACGAGAUGCCAGGGACGCCCAUAUUGUUUUUGAGGCCGUCCGUCUCAAAAUCCUACCGCUUGUUACCCGACGCCUUACUGCCAUUGAGCGAGAGCAGUUGACCUCUGGCAACGUCUUUGUGUGGGAAGAGGCUGAGCACAAACAAGGUGGCUUAGAAAGAUGGACGGAUGGACGGCGAUGGUCACAAAGCAGAAUGCGGGGUGACUACUUGUUUUACGAAGAGAAGAUUGAGACGACACCAGAGGAAAAGGAAGCCAAGGCUGCUCGUCGAGCGCGAAAGACGUUGGAUCCUUUUGCUUAUCAACCAGCUCCCACCCGACGCCAAGAUCGUCCAUCCAAGCCAGAUGGCCUCACCAAACAAACGUAUUCCACUCACGUCCACUUUAGUAACUCAGAACCACCUCGCAAGUGGCAUAUCGUUGCCUACUUCUCGGGUGAUGACUACACUCGUUUGCCUGUCAUGGAGAACUAUGAAUACCUUCGCAACAUCCGUGUUCCGGACGCAAUAUACUCAUCAGCAAAGGGUAACAUUGGGAAACUCACUCGCAUUUUGUCUGAAGACAAUGAUAAUGAUCCUUUCAAGAACGCUGGCACACCAGGAUGGACAUCACCGUCUUGGCCUCCAGCGAUCGCUACGACCGGCUUGAGUACAGCUGUCCAGAGGCCCUUAUCUUCUUCUUCUUCAUCCUCCGGGUCGCCCAAUAAUGCAUCACUCCCAAGGUUGGCAAGCAUCGCCCCGGUUCAUCUAUCUCGUCCGUUAUCCGGUGGACAGCCUACCGCCUCAGGUCGCAACGUUGUCCCUUAUGCGCCUCUCACUUCGGAAGAUAGACGAGCGCUGAAUAGUUUCCGCGUUAUCUUGUGACUUCACUACUUUCGGUUUGCAUUGAGACCCCGUUGGAGCGGCAUUAGGGAGGAGGCUUAAUGUUUGCACACAAAAAUUUAAGUGCGGACCAUUUCUUCCGGGCUUCUUGGGCAUUACACUGCUUCGUAUCAGUUUCCUGAAUGGUAUUCUUACCGGCCAGCGUUGCUUAGUUCUACGUUGAAACCGCACAAACUUGAACAC